CCCGGAGGCUGCGCAAGACGGCGCCGCGCCACACGGGGGACCUAGCGGUCAUGGGCGAGGCCGAGCCCUGGCACGGGAACUGCAUAGCCCACACCAGCCCCUGGAGCCCCUGCUCCACCAGCUGCGGCCUGGGCAUCUCCACGCGGGUCUCCAACGCCAACGCCCGCUGCUGGCCUGAGCAGGAGAGCCGCCUCUGCGCCCUGCGGCCCUGCGACGUGGACAUCCGUCCGCUCAUCAAGGAAGGGAAGAAGUGUCUGGCUGUGUACCAGCCGGAGGCGCCCGUGAACCUCACCCUCGCCGGCUGCGUCAGCACACGCGCCUACAGGCCCAAGUACUGCGGGGUCUGCACGGACAACAGGUGCUGCAUCCCCUACAAGUCCAAGACCAUCGACAUCUCCUUCCGGUGCCCCGACGGGCCCGGCUUCUCCCGCCGGGCCCUGUGGAUCAACGCCUGCUUCUGCAACCUCAGCUGCAGAAACCCCAACGACAUCUUUGCUGACCUGGACCUCUACCCCGACUUCUCCGAAGUCGCCAAUUAGGCAGGCACCACACGCAGGGCUCGGGCCUGGCCCAACGCGUGCCAUGCAGCCAGCCCUCGGCGGCCCACGGCUGGGCCCUCCCUAGUCCACUUCCCAUUCAUUGCCGGUGACCCUGACCCAGACCUUGGCCCCUUCCCUGUCUCCGACCACCCCAUGGCCCACUAGACUGCUGCUCCGGCCCUGGCUGUGGGUCCCAUCCUUGGCAGCGUCCUGCGUACCCUCCACAGAAAGUGCCUUCUCCGUCUGGUCUGGGCCUGUGUGAGUCACUGU